AUCAUCCAAGCAACAGCAGCAGCACUUCCAUAAACACUGCGCCUAAGCAAAUACACUAAAUCUACGUUUAAGUGCAAACACGAGCUGUACCUUAGUGAAUAAGUAUCCUGUGUGACGAGUGUGUGGAGAUUUUACAUUGCCAACCAGGACAUCAUUAAUUUUGAGAGAAAAUUUUUAAGUUAAGGAGAAUUUAGAGAGGAGUGAAAAUGGCAAGACAACGCCUACGCAUUGGUUUAUUACUAAGUUGCCUUUUUGUGGUGACAACAGCACUGCGCGUCCCCGACGAUUUGCAAGCAAACGCUGAGGCCGCACUGCGCUUGGAACGCGCGCGCUCAUUGCAGCCCUGCAAUCUAACAGACACCGAAGUCUGCCCACCGAGCAAAUAUCGCCAACCCACUGGCGAAUGCAACAAUGUCUCUCAUCGCAAAUGGGGCGCACGCGGCGAUAUCUUGCUGCGUCUCAUGGCACCCGACUACGCCGACGGCAUUAGCCAACCGCGCACCUCGCAUGGCACACAUGCGCUACCCGAUGCUGAUACGGUUAUCGAGCAGUUGCAAAAUCAUGUCGACGCCGAGCUGCGGCAUCCACAUAUUACCGCCAUGCUGCCCGCUUGGGGACAACUGCUCACCAACGACUUGUACGAAGUCAGCCAGUUGACGACCAGUCCGAAGUGCUGCAAUGAGAAUGUGAAUGUGAAAAAUGUCGAAGAGCUGCAACAGUGUUACGUGCGACGAGGCGCCGAUUGCAAGGAAUACAAACGCUCAGCGCCCGGUUUUGAUCCAGAUACAUGCAAUAAGCGUCAACGUGAGCAAAUGAAUGUCGCCUCGUCUUACAUCGAUGGCUCUGGUUUGUAUGGCGCCACUUUGAAGGAUAUGCAGGAUCUGCGUACGUACAUCAGCGGCGGUGUUAAGGUGGAGUCAUGCAAAUACUGUCAGUUGAACAGCGCUUCGGGUGCGCUGCAUCGUGCGCUCUUGCAAGAGCACAAUAAUAUCGGUGAGCAGUUGGCGCAUUUGAACCCCGACUGGUCCGAGGAGGAUGUAUUCUUUGAGGCGCGUCGUAUCGUUACCGCACAAAUACAGCACAUCACCUACAGCGAAUUCUUGCCCAUAGUGUUGGGUCAGGAAACAACCGCCAAGGAGGGUUUGAAACUCACUGCCGAAAAGCACUCAUCGAACUACUCAAGUACCAAUCGUGCUGGCGUCUUUAAUGAGGUCGCCAAUGGCGCAUUCCCCUCAUUUCUCACCAUGUAUCCACCAGAGAUGAUCUCGCACUCCAUGUCGGCAACACAGCUGCUCUCGGUCGCUGCGCUUCAGAAGUCACUCAUUCCUGUCAUUAAGAACGCCGACGGUUGGACUGAAUUGGCUCUGGCCAUACAUCGUGGUCGCGAUCAUGGUAUACCCUCUUACCGCAACGCUUUGGACUUAUGCCAGGAGCAGUACUCCGGCGCAGACUCUGCUAAUAUCACCUUUGAGUCUUUGGCCAAGAUCUCCAAUAUACCCGAAGAACACAUUACUAGUUUGCGGGAUAUUUACCAAAAUGCCGAUGAUGUUGACUUGUUGGUAGGCGCCCUGCUUGAAGAUCCCGCUGUUGGCGCGCUCUUUGGCCCCACCAUCACUUGUCUGCUUACACGUCAAUUUGAAUUGCUCAAGAAGUCCGACCGUUUCUGGUAUGAGAACGAUAUUCCUCCAUCAUCUUUCACUUUGGAACAGCUGCAGGGAAUACGUCGCACUACACUAGCCGGUCUACUUUGCGAUUCCAAUCAGGUCCAGAAAGUGCAGUCGAAGGCAUUCUUCCGCGAGGAUAACUUUUUGAACUCCGUGCUCGAUUGCGAACAAAUCUCCUCAUUAGACUUGCGUCCAUGGCAAUCCAAGCAAGAAGAGGAAGAACUACAUGAACACGUGGAAAUGGAACCUGAAGUCCAGGAGGCUGUAAGCGAAAUCAAUAUUGAGUUGCUGGAGGCUGCCGUGGAACGUGCAAAGGUGGAAUUAGAGGAACGCAAGCGUUUUGAGUAUGAAUCUUGGUUGUCACAGGGUGGCAUCAGUGCCAAAUCUUCGGACGGUGUGGCUGCCUCUUUCAGCAAGGCCAAUCGCAAUGCGCUCACCUUGGCCAACUCAUCGCUCAUGUUUGAGUUAACUUCCAACGAGAUUCUAAACAGCUUGAACUCCAUUAAUCGGCGAAAGCGUCAAACGUUCGACAGCAAUUUCAAUCGCAAUGAGCUUUCAGAGACUCUACAAACUAUCGAUAUAAAUGCCAUACUUGGAGGUUCCACACAGCAGGUCAAUACCGAAUGCGAUGAUCCACCAAUUGCUUGUGAUACCUCGUCGCCCUUCCGUACCGUCACCGGUUACUGUAAUAACUUGCGUAAUCCCAACUGGGGCAAGUCGUUGACCACAUUCUCACGUCUUCUGCCAUCACAAUAUGAUGACGGUGUCUCAAAGGUGCGUCUACUUUCCGUCAACGGCAGUCCAUUGCCAAAUCCACGUACCAUUUCGACUGUUAUUCACCCGGAUAUAUCCAACUUGCAUACCCGCUACUCGUUGAUGGUUAUGCAGUUUGCACAGUUCCUUGAUCACGAUUUGACGAUGACACCAAUUCAUAAAGGUUUCCAUGAGUCCAUUCCUAGCUGUCGUCGUUGCAAUUCGCCACAAACUGUGCAUCCCGAAUGUAAUCCUUUCCCCGUGCCGCCCGGCGACUACUUCUUCCCCGAAGUGAAUGUGACGAGCGGUGAACGUUUCUGCUUCCCUUCGAUGAGAUCGCUACCUGGCCAGUUGGCGUUGGGUCCACGUGAACAAAUCAAUCAGAAUACUCAUUUCUUGGAUGCAUCCAUGGUUUAUGGCGAAAAUCACUGCGUGGUGAAUAAAUUACGUGGCUUCGCUGGUCGCAUGAACUCGACAAUACGCUCCUUCGGUAAAGAAUUGCUGCCACAAUCGAACUCUCAUCCCGAAUGUAAGUCGCGCAAUAAUCUCUGCUUCAUUGCUGGCGAUGAUCGCGCCUCUGAGCAGCCAGGUCUCACUGCCAUCCACACCAUAUUCUUACGUGAGCACAAUCGCAUUGUCGAGGGUCUGCGUGGUGUUAACCCACACUGGAACAGCGAUCAAUUGUUCCACCAUGCGCGUCGCAUACUCACCGCCGAAUGGCAACAUAUGGUCUUCAAUGAGUUCUUACCACGUGUGCUCAGUUGGAAUGCUGUGAAUUUAUAUGGUCUGAAAUUGUUGCCCCAAGGUUACUACAAGGACUACAAUCCUUCAUGCAGUCCCAUAAUUUUCAAUGAGUUUGCUGCGGCCGCUUUCCGUAUUGGACACUCACUGUUGCGUCCACAUAUCCCACGUUUGAGUGUGAACCACCAACCCGUCGACCCACCUCUGCUGUUGCGUGAUGGUUUCUUCCGUAUGGAUGCUAUACUACAGCCCGGCAUCGUUGACGAGAUUUCACGUGGUUUAGUCGCCACACCCAUGGAAACAUUGGAUCAGUUCAUCACCGGUGAAGUAACAAAUCAUUUGUUCGAAGAUCGCAAGAUUCCCUUCUCCGGCAUUGAUCUUAUCGCGCUCAACAUUCAAAGAGCUCGCGAUCACGGCAUACCCGGUUACAACAACUACCGCGCUCUCUGCAAUUUGAAACGUGCCACCACCUGGAGCGAUCUCAGUCGCGAAAUGCCCAAUGAAGUCAUCAAUCGCUUCAAGAAAAUCUACGCUUCCGUUGACGAUAUCGAUCUAUUCCCUGGCGCUAUGACUGAACGUCCAUUGCAAGGCGGUUUGGUCGGUCCAACAUUGGCUUGCAUUAUUGGCAUACAAUUCCGUCAGCUGCGUAAAUGUGAUCGUUUCUGGUAUGAGAAUGCCAAUUCCGAGGUCCGCUUCACUGAGCCACAACUGGCUGAGAUUCGUAAGGUCACAUUGUCUAAACUGAUUUGCGAGAACUUGGAGAUUCCUGGUGAUAUGCAACGUGCUGCUUUUGAUCUGCCUAGCAAUUUCCUCAAUCCACGUGUGCCCUGCUCUUCCAUGCCCCAAAUCGAUUUGAGUCAAUGGCGUGAAAAUGUACAAGGUUGCCAGAUUGGCAACAGACAUGUGCGUGUUGGUGAAUCUGCAUUCCCCUCACCUUGCACUAGCUGUGUGUGCUCCAGCGAAGGGCCACAAUGUGCCUCGCUGCGUAUCACCGACUGCGGCCAACUGAUACGCCAAUGGCCCAAAGAAGCUAUUCUACGCGACGAAGUGUGCAACUCCCAGUGUGGCAUCUACUUAAAUGGCAAUGGCAACUUUGCGCAGGCGCGCCAGGCAUCCGUGCAGGCACCAGUGCGCGUACAACGCUCACGCCCACAGAACAUUUUCAAAUUCCCCGAUCUAACGCCAUUCAUUGCGUCCUUGUAGAUCAGCCCGUUAGCCUAUGAAACAUAAAUUAAAAUUUAAUGAAUGUAUAAACGGGAAAAAGUAGCAAUUGAAGGAAGCAAAUGAGUAACGAUGUUGCUGAAGAAACGCAACAAAAGACACAGCUAUUUAAUUAACAAUAAGUUAUUGUGAAGUUAACAGCAAAAGGGGAAUAUAGCAACAAAAUAAAGUGUGUGCAACAAGUAUAGUACACACACACACGAGUAUUGCGCUCAGCGUGAGAGCGCAUAGCCAACAGCCAAUAACUAUUUAAAAUUAAUUGUAAAUAAUCUUAAAGAGCACUUACUACCACUACACACAGAUACUUAGUUGCGUUACAAGUGACUGCCUGCAGGCGUACGUUUACUAUUUGUAUGCACGGUAGUGUGUAAGCAUAUGCAUAUAGAUGCCUAUGCGCCCUACAAAUAUCGGCAGCAUAGUGAACUAUCUAACAAAAAUGAUUUUAAAUGUAUGUAUGUAAGUUAAGUAAAAUGGAAGUAGAAACCUCAAAGACUUAAGUACUUCUAGCUUUUAAUAAUGUAAUACAUAAGUAAGCGAAUAAUCAAUUAUUAUGUAUUCUCCACACACACUGCUUUUAUUAUGUCUUCCACGUUAUGAUUUCCUAUCAUUUCAUUUAUAUAAAAUCCUAACUGCCUAAAAAUAUGCUACGAGACAGACACACAUAGCAAUAGUUAUGUGCUUAUGUCUCCCUAUCUCUCUCCCGCUAUCGUGCUCUCUUUCGCGCUCUUCCUAUCUCUUAGCGCAAAUUUCCUUUUCAAACUUUUUUCCUCUCUAUUAGCUAUUAGUUCAAUUUUUUAUCCCAACUUAUGUAAACUUUCUACUAUUUUUAUACUUUCUUUAUCUUCGCAAUAUUUAUUUUGCCUGUGUAGUUUAUCGAACGACUUUAUUAUAUUUACUUUCUUUAUAAAACAAUUUCAUUUUUAUACAACCGAUGAAAUAUAUGAAACGAAAUU